CCAACCGGAAUAUUUCAGGACUGAUCAGCUUCAUCGACAUGUUUGUCCUGCAGCUGAUGUUGAUGUCUCUGCUGCUCCACCGCACCAUGAGCUCAGGUACAGGACGACACUCCCUCUGGGCGCUCGCCUCCUACAUCCCAGGCUCCGCCCACUUCCCAGAGUUCACUGUUGUUCUGAUGUUGGAUGACAUCCAGGUGGGAUACUAUGACUCAAAGGUCAACCGGGUGAUGAGGGCGAGCACAGCAUCUGACCACGAAGCGGAACUCAACCUGGGCCAGGAGCCCGUGAGUGUGCUACGAGACAUUUACUCCAGCAUGAGGAAGAGGCUGAAUCUGGUAAAGCAUCACUUUAACCUGACCAUCGAUGGAGUUCAUGUCCAGCAGAGGCUGGCAGGGUGCGAGGUGCUGGAGGACGGCCAGCCGGCACUCAUCAUGUCCAGAGACGGCUCCAACGGGCAGGACGCCGACAGCCUGCUCUACAACAUGACCCACUUCACGUAUGCUGUCAGGGAGGGCUGGGAGAUCCAGUGGGACGCCCUAAAGAAAACAUCUGUCCAGAUGCUGUAUAGAAACGUCUAUGUCCCGAUCUGCGUGCAGACGCUCCAACACUUCCUGGAGCGUGAGAAGCACCUUGUGAUGCGAAGGGUGAAGCCUCGACUCCGCUUUAUCACCAGGCAAGUGGUGGGCGGGGCUCAGGUCACCUGCCUGGCCACUGACUUCUACCCUCGCCACAUUAACCUGAGCCUGCUGCGGGACGGCCAGCCCGUGGACGAAGGCGAGCUGCGCAUCGGCUCGGUGCUGCCCAAUGGGAACGGCCUCUACCAAGUGAGGAAGACACUGAUGGUCGGCGAAAAGGAGCUGCAGAGGAAACACAACUACACCUGUGAGGCGUCUCACCUGAGCCUGGACAACCGGCUGAGGGUAAACUGGAGGGCGGAGUCAUCGUACUCUCACAGAGUUCAUUCCAUCUCGCCUCUGGUCUUCCUGCUGCUCGCUGCCGUCCUGCUGCUGCUGCUGGUGCUGAGGAGGAGGAGAAGGAGGAGGAAGGAGAGGUCAGAGGGCGUGGCCACAGAAACACAGGAGCAGGUGGGAGAGAGUGAGCAGUCAGACGACCUCGUGACCUCAUGACGUGACUCUGUGUGGCAUCAGAAUCACCUUUAUAGGUGUACCUACAGAAGGAACUGAGCUCCAGUUUGUCGCUGCUCUCGCUGCAAACAGAACACAGUAACAUGUAUGAAAUUUUCACAUGUACAAAAAUAUAUUUGCAUAUAACAUAUUUCCAUCAUGAACUCUGUACUAACAGAGCAUCUGUGGAGGCGGAGCUCCAGUUGUAGUGAGAGAAAUUCUACGGUUUAGAUUGGAUUUUACUAAUUAGCAGUAUGUGUGGAUGCAGACUGAUAGUCUAACUAGCAUUAGACACUCUCGACCAAUUAAGGUCACUUCCUGAAACAAAUCAUGGAGAUUAAGUAUCGGAAUUUCAGGAGCGUGACCACGCCUCCAAACACGCUCCUUCUGAUUCUCAUCAUGUUCCCCCAGUUCUGCAAGCUGUUCAUUCUCGUUUACGAGCCCCACCCUCCCUUUUCAAUUCUCCAACUUCUUCACCUCUGUUUAGUACACAGGGGUCUGCCAGGCCCCUUCCAGGCCUUCCCCAAACCGCAGCUCAGUUCAUGUCUAAGCUUUUACCUACUAAAAAUGAGGGCGUGGCCCAGCGUGUGAAAUAAAUGAAUUAAUAACACAGCGCUUCAAAAUACUAGAAGCUUCAAAAUGAACCCAGAAACAGAAAUGUCCGUCUGUUAUUUAUAAUAAA